AGGGAACGGCGCACAAGCACUUGUCCUGGAGGAUAACAGCGAUCGGUGAAAAGAAAGAUCCUUCUGCCGAAGACUACAAAAAAAUGUAGUGUUUAAGUAACUUACACAUUUACUCAGCUUAUUAACCUAUCGGAAUGGAGGACGAUUUGGUGUCUGAAGAUGAUAUCUUGCUGCGAUCAGAGAAGGAAUUUCACGAUGCUGCGAAGCGUAACGACACAGACAGGAUGCAGGAGCUGAUGAAGAGAGGAGUGAACAUCAAGGCUCAAAACAAACUAGACCGGAAGGCCCUGCACUGGGCAGCAGGGGCCGGAAAUGAGGAGGCCUUGCGGCUACUGCUGGAGAACGACACGGAGGUGGAUAAGGCAGACAGUUUUGGAAUGAACGCUCUGCUACUGGCUGCCUGGUUUGGACACCUGAAGGUUCUACAGAUCCUAGUGGCCAGCGGUGCGAAGCUUAACUAUGAAAAUAAAAAGGGCUUGAAUCUGCUUCAUUGUGCGGCACAGCGUGGUCACAUACUAGUGUUGGAGUUCAUCAUGGAGGACCUAGAGGACAUGAGACUGGACAGAGUGGACAAGUCUGGAAAGACAGCGUUCCAUCUAGCUGCAGAAAAUGGACAACUGGAGGUGGUGGAGUUCCUUAUAGGGAUGGGCUGUGCACACGGUGUCAAGGACAAGGAGGAGAACGCUGCUCAGCAUCUAGCUGCUCAACAGGGCCAUGCAGAGGUGCUGCAGAAGGUCAUAGAAAUCAGUGAGGACAUCGAUGAUAAAAACAUUGACGGUCUGACAGCCUUACAUCUUGCUGUGAUUGGAGGACACUAUGAGUGUGUCAGACUGUUGCUGGAGGCUGGCUGCAAUGUCAACGCUCUUACCAAUAGGGAGGUGAACGCGCUCUACUACGCUGCUCAACAUGGCAGAGAUCGGGAGGUGGAGCUGCUGCUGGAGGCAGGGAGCUACACAAACACAGUGGACAACGUCCAGCACACCACACCUCUUCAUGUGUCCGUCCUCAACAACCACCCUGAGGUGGUGAAACUGCUCGUCAAUGCUGAAUGUGAACUGGACAUUCCUGAUAAUAGGUUGCAGACGGCACUGCACAUAGCGGCUGAGCACGGCAGGCAGGGUAUGGCUGAGAUGAUUCUCAUUACUGGAGUUAACCUCAAACUGCUGGACAAGCAAGGGAAGAGCUCUCUAGAUGUGGCGGCCAGGGCGAGCCAUGUGAACCUGGUGGACAUGAUCAUCAAAGCAGACCGCUUCUACAAGUGGGAAAAGGACCACCUGAGUGUGGAUUCGGACCCGCUGGCAGGCCGUCCGCUGAGCUUCAGACAGGACCACCAGCCAGAGACCCAGCACAUCCGCUCGGUCAUGUGGAGGCUGGCCACCAAGUACCUGAGCCCGGGGGAGUGGAAGGUGCUGGCCGAGGUGUGGGGCUUUACUGACGCACACGUCAUGGCCAUCGAGCAGCAGUGGACAGGCACUAAGAGCUACAAGGAGCACGGUCACCGCAUGCUGCUGAUCUGGCUGCACGGGGUGCUGGUGGCCGGAGAGAACCCCAUCAAGGGCCUCUACGAGGGGCUGGUGGCCAUUGACCGCCUCGACCUUGCAGAAAAUGUACGACAAAAGGCGAAUGCAGACCCAGACACACCAAAAAAAUGCAACGCAAUGUGAAGCACUGCUGUGAAUACUGGAUGCAAAAGUAAAAAAAAAACAACUUCUUAAUAUAUAGCACAAUCGUUACAGAGCAUAACAAUAAGCACUGACAUUAAACUGAUGAUUUUCAUCGUCAUGAUGAGACUUCCCCUUCCUUGACGAGAGAUUAAAUAUUCUCUAUGGACCAAAAUCAGGUGAUGACAUUUUUAUUAUUAUUUACUCUGAAUAUUUUUCGGCUGGAUUUGUUCAGCCCACAACUCCAAGGCAACCAUGAGUUGUGUGUUGUGACACUUACCUUCACUCAACUAUAGUCCAACUAUGCACGUUGGUGUUUAUUACAUACUCAUAAGGAAUGAUGUUUGACUUUCUUAUUUUUUUUUACAUAAACAUUUUGUAAAAUAAAUCAGUAGAUUUUACACAAGUGUGUAUAUAUAUAUAUAUAUAUAUAUAUAAUGUUAUGAGUGUAAAGCAAUAAAUAUUGGUAAACAUUUGGAAACUGUCAGGAAAAGAAGUUUUGCAAUUGUACCUCUGUUUAUGGAUGAGGCAGUUUUCUACGCAGUUACAGUAGGCACAGCUGAAGUGCCCUUGAGCAAGGCACCUAACCCCUCACUGCUCCCCGAGCGCCGCUGUUGUUGCAGGCAGCUCACUGCGCCGGGAUUAGUGUGUGCUUCACUUCACUGUGUGCUAAGUGUGUUUCACUAAUUCACGGAUUGGGAUAAAUGCAGAGACUAAAUUUCCCUCACGGGAUCAAACGAGUAUACUUAUACGGUAUGGUAAUGAUGUCCAGCUCUUAAUGUGAAAAAGAAUAUGCUCAAUGGAUGGGGAAUUUCCAUUGAUAUGUUUGAACUACAGCAUUUUUUAUUCAACUUAAAAAAAUCUUGGCAUCGAUCAGCAUGUUUAACAUCUGUAUGAUCAGAACCUUGUGUAUCAUUUGGAGUUGCUUGUAAGCAUUAUUUAUUGACUGCACUACUUAACAAUGUUGAGAAUGCUGUAAAACAAUGUCAGAUGCUGCAGAAAUGAUCAACAGCUGAUCCAAACUCUGUUGAUUACCUACUAUGCAUGAA